ACCUGAAACUUGGUAAAAAAGUUAAUGAAGGUAAAACAAAAGAAGUGUACGAGCUGCCAGAUAUCCCAGGAUGUGUUCUCAUGCAGUCAAAAGACCAAAUAACAGCGGGAAAUGCAGCCAGGAAGGACCGAAUGGAAGGGAAGGCUGCCAUUUCCAAUACGACGACUAGCUGUGUGUUUCAGUUGCUUCAAGAAGCUGGAAUAAAAACAGCUUUUGUCAGAAAACAGAGUGACACGGCAUUCAUAGCAGCUCACUGUGAAAUGAUCCCAAUUGAAUGGGUGUGCAGAAGAAUUGCUACUGGCUCCUUCCUCAAAAGAAACCCUGGUGUCAAAGAAGGAUAUAAGUUUUACCCACCCAAAAUUGAGAUGUUUUACAAGGAUGAUGCUAAUAAUGAUCCACAGUGGUCUGAGGAGCAGCUAAUUGAAGCAAAAUUCUGUUUUGGUGGACUUACUAUUGGCCAGACUGAAGUGGAUAUUAUGGCUCAUUCUACUCAAGCUAUUUUUGAGAUCCUGGAAAAAGCAUGGCAGCCCCAAAACUGCACUCUGGUAGACCUGAAGAUUGAAUUUGGUGUUAAUAUUCUGACAAAAGAAAUUGUUCUUGCUGAUGUUAUUGAUAAUGAUUCAUGGAGACUGUGGCCGUCAGGAGAUAGAAGCCAGCAGAAGGACAAGCAGUCUUACCGGGACCUGAAAGAAGUGACUCCUGAAGCACUGCAGAUGGUUAAGAGAAACUUUGAAUGGGUUGCAGAAAGAGUGGAGUUGCUUCUCAAAACAAAGAGCCAAGGUCGAGUUGUGGUGGUGAUGGGAUCCCCUUCUGACCUCAGUCACUGUGAAAAAAUAAAAAAGGCAUGUGCAACCUUUGGAAUUCCUUGUGAGUUAAGAGUGACCUCUGCUCACAAAGGGCCAGAUGAAACUCUGAGAAUCAAAGCAGAAUAUGAAGGAGAUGGAAUCCCAACAGUGUUUGUUGCAGUAGCUGGCAGAAGCAAUGGUUUGGGGCCAGUGAUGUCUGGUAACACUGCUUACCCGGUUGUCAACUGUCCUCCACUCUCAGCUGACUGGGGUACUCAGGAUGUCUGGUCUUCUCUCAGACUGCCCAGCGGUCUUGGCUGUCCUACUACUCUCUCACCUGAAGGAGCUGCCCAGUUUGCUGCCCAGAUAUUUGGGUUAAACAACCAUUUGGUGUGGGCCAAACUGCGAUCAAACAUGUUAAACACCUGGAUCUCCUUGAAGCAGGCUGACAAAAAACUUCGAGAGUGCACCUUGUAAGUCAUACUAACAAGUAACUUUUAUUAGUUACGCAAAGAUAAUGGCGUGCAUAUUCAUUCAUAUUAGGAUUUACAUUUGGAUGAGCUCAAAAGUCCUGCAUCCCUUCGUACAGAAGAAAGCAUUGUUAGAGCAGCAGAUGAAGUCUGUUGUAUCCUCAUCUUUCUCUUGUGUAUUUUUUUUUAAUAUAACAACUUGGUAAGAGGUGGGGAAGUAGUAUUUUAGAUGUCUCUUUCUGUUGCUCCAAAA